GAGCUACUCCUCUCCUCUUGCUAAAUUCUAGUGCCCACGCUGUACUUUUUUCCCCAUCUCGGUUGUUUAUCCCUGUGAGAGAGAUUCUGGUACCAGAUGCAUUUCCCCACCAUAUAAACAGUCACAGAUUCUUUGUUUGAUCAAGUUCCGAAGCAUACUGCAUCAGAGAGAAAGAGAAAGCGAGAGAAAACAGAGUGAUGGAACGUUUCUUGUUUCUGGGUUUCAUUGUUCUGUUCGCGAUAUUAGAACAGCGAGUCCUAGUGGGAGCAGACGAUGGGUUUGUGAAAGCAAGUGGUGUUCAACUAAUGUUGAAUGGGAGCCCCUUCUAUGGUAAUGGCUUUAAUGCCUACUGGUUGAUGUACGUGGCCUCUGAUCCGUCUCAGAGGAACAAAGUCUCAUCUGCAUUUCAAGAGGCUAAAAGUCACGGACUUAGCAUAGCUAGGACUUGGGCUUUCAGUGAUGGUGGUUAUAAGCCACUCCAAUACUCUCCGGGAUCCUACAAUGAGGAUAUGUUCCAGGGAUUAGACUUCGUGGUAUCCGAAGCCAGAAGAUAUGGGAUGAAGUUGGUGUUGAGUUUGGUGAAUAACUACGACAACUUGGGAGGAAAGAAGCAGUACGUGGAGUGGGCAAGGAGUCAGGGCCAGUCCGUCAGUUCUGAAGAUGAUUUUUUCACUAACCCUGUUGUGAAGGGAUACUACAAAAACCACAUCAAGACUGUGCUUGCAAGACGUAACAGCAUCACCGGAGUUGCUUACAAAGAUGACCCAACUAUAAUGGCCUGGGAGCUCAUGAAUGAGAUAAGGUGUCCUUCAGAUCAGUCGGGAAAAGUUGUUCAGGCUUGGAUUACUGAGAUGGCAUCUUUUUUGAAAUCCAUUGAUGGAAACCACUUGCUUGAAGCUGGUCUGGAGGGUUUCUAUGGUCAAUCAAAGCAGCAGUCUAAUCCCAACUUCCUGGUAGGAACAGAUUUCAUCGCAAACAACCAGAUCCCAGGCAUUGACUUUGCAACAGUUCACUCGUACCCUGAUCAAUGGCUCUCAGGUUCAGGUUAUGAAGACCAACUCUCGUUUUUGAAUGGUUGGCUUAGCGAGCACAUCAAAGAUGCUCAGAACACUCUUCAUAAGCCACUCUUGUUCGCUGAGUUUGGAAUAUCAACUAAGAAUUUGGGUUCAAACUCGAAGGCCAGAGACGAACUCUUCAACACUGUGUACUCUGCGAUCUAUUCAUCAGCAAGUAGUGGUGGGGCUGCAGUUGGAGGCUUAUUUUGGCAACUCCUAGCUGAAGGAAUGGACUCUUUUCGAGAUGGCUAUGAAAUAGUCUUGGGCGAGAGUCCCUCAACUGCCGGUUUGAUUGCUCAAGAGUCUCAAAAGCUUAAUCGAAUUAGAAAAAUGUUCGCGAGACUUGAAGACAUCAAGAAGUGGAACGAAGCCAAUAAUGGCGGGAAUUGAAAUAGCCAGCCUAACAAAACUUGCCAGCAUUGUGAGCUCAGUUAUUUGUUAAAAUGGAGGUAUCCGCAGUAUUUGCUUCCUCUCCUUAAGAUGAGUUCGAAUAUAAGUGUGUUACCGGUAUGUAAAAUCUCGUAGAAAAAGAAUUUAUUAUUCUAGUAAGAAACAAGCAAGUUCAAUUUCAUGUAACGUAAAUCGUAAUAUACAAGCGAGCAAAUGUGUUGUAUGCUCUUGUUGCUUUUUCCUAGAUUUAUGUCUGCAAAUUAAACGCAGAAGCUUCAGUCAUCGGACCAUUCAAUGAAGACGCCUCUGAAUGAUUUA